AAGUAACCAAGAAUGUCGUCGUUGAGCAGAGAACUAGUGUUUCUGAUUCUUCAAUUCCUUGAAGAGGAGAAAUUCAAGGAGACCGUUCACAAGCUAGAGCAAGAGUCAGGUUUCUUCUUCAACAUGAAGUACUUUGAAGAGAAGGCGCUGGCCGGAGAAUGGGACGAAGUUGAGAAGUAACUCUCCGGAUUCACCAAAGUCGAUGAUAAUCGGUACUCCAUGAAGAUUUACUUUGAAAUCCGAAAGCAGAAGUACCUGGAAGCUCUUGACAGGCAUGAUAGAGCUAAGGCCGUGGAAAUUUUAGUGAAGGAUUUGAAAGUUUUUUCGACAUUUAAUGAAGAGCUAUAUAAAGAAACUACACAGCUUUUAACUCUUGAGAACUUUAGGGAAAAUGAGCAAUUAUCUAAGUAUGGUGAUACUAAAUCGGCUCGGAGUAUAAUGCUUGUUGAACUCAAGAAACUAAUAGAAGCCAAUCCCCUAUUUCGGGACAAGCUUGUUUUCCCUACUUUGAAGGCAUCACGCUUGCGAGCUUUGAUCAAUCAGAGUUUGAAUUGGCAACACCAGUUGUGUAAAAACCCAAGGCCUAAUCCAGAUAUCAAAACCUUAUUUACGGACCACACCUGUUCCCCUCCAAAUGGGGCCCGUGUACCUACCCCAGUAACUCUUCCAGUAGCAGCAGUUGCCAAACCUACAACUUAUGCUCCACUCGGAGCACACAGUAGACCUUUUCCACCAGCAGCUGCAGCUGCAGCUGCUAGUGCUAAUGCUUUAGCAGGGUGGAUGAUAAAUCCUAAUCCUUCCUCAUCAGUUCAAUCAGCUGUUAUUGCUGCUUCAUCAUUAUCUGUUCCACCAAAUCAAGAAAAAGAGAAACAUCAUCAACGAUUUCUCUUGGAUCCAUGCGUUGCUCUCCUUCUGGCUUUAGAACUUAACAAUAACAAUACCAGCCACCACCCUCAUAGGAACAUCAAGAAGAAAAUCACUGACUGGCACUACCAAUACCAGGAGGUGGAGCCCGACAGGUUCACAGCUGAUUGGAUGGCUAAAAAUAGUCUUGAAAUCAUCAACUUGUGUUGGAAAUCCCUUCCAAGGGUAUUUUGGCUUAUCAUUCUGGCUGAUGCUGAUAGUAUUGCAUCCCUUCCAAGGAGAAGACAUCGGAGAGGAGGAGCUCAGCUUUGCGGCGAGAGUCGCGGCCACCCCACUCGUUUCGACGGCCAGUUGCAGAACCGACCACCGAUACAGGAACAACGGCACCGCUUCUGCCGUCAACUGUCUCCUAUCCAUUGUUCUCUGCUUGCUGCUGCGACCAACUCGAAUAUGUAAACCCCUAAAAACAAGUAGAUGAGGAGGGUUGGUCUUUAUGGAUGUUCUGUUCAAGGAUAAGCAAACCCAACCCAUUUACAAAUGGGCUUGGGUUGGGUUAAGUUGUGAACC